AUGCAGCAGCUUCAGGUGAGCGCCUGUGUGCUCCUCUUAGCGCUCCUCUGCGUCACGACUGUGAGAGGCAGCGGUGGUCUUCAGCACGGCACGUGGGAUGUGAGCACUCUUAUACCAGGCCGUGGUGCUGUGCCUCCCAACUACGAGCUCACCGUACAACCAGGAAAGUGGACGGUGAAGGAGAGAGACGCUGGCCGCGUUGGCCGCCUGUUCGACCACGCCGCCGCGCGCGUUGGGCUUGUUUACGCCGGCGUCCCCAGCGACGAGCACGCGCUGUGCCGCAUGCCCUCGUCACUGACUCUAAAGCUUGCGGCUGUCCGCACGGACGACGGCAUUCGGCUCGAGUGCCAGACGGUGUGGUUCUCGCCGUCCUUGUUGCGUUCAUUUGAUAAUGACGGACUUCUGCAUCGCCGGUUUGACCCUGCAGAGCCGCUGUACAGCGCCGACAACGGAGAGUGCCUUGCCACCCCGUGGCGAGUGCGGGAGCUCUACGUCGCAAAGAUGGGAGCGGGCCCUUUGCUGCUCACCGGCGUUCUCGUCGAUGGCACGUCAGGCACGCAGGAGUCGUGCAGCGUACAUUUGGAGGUCAGAUAUCGUCCUAUCACGUCAGCGAAGGAUUCGUCGUCGUCGAGUACCCUUGUCUCCAUCGCGAUGCUGCUCAUAGUCGUCGCUGCGCGCCUGCUGCCGCGUUGUAUUUUGACCCGAAAGGGUCAGCUGGACAAGGCGAGUUACCGCGGCAAGAACCCCACCAACCUGACACCGGCUCAUCGCCUUCAUCUGCUGCGCCAACAAAAGAAGAUCAUCGAGAAGAUGAAGGCGGAGGAUGUCGCCAACGCGGCCAAGCUCACCGCCGUGUAA